AUGGCGGAAGCCUUGCAGCAAGUCAUCCUCGACACUUUAGACGCAGAAUCCACAAUAAAAGACACGAGGGCACUCGUUCUACCUGGGGAGAAGGGUCCCGCGAUCUCGAAUGACGCUCAGAUUGCGAUCUUGGGAGCUCUGAAUUCAUUGUCCAGUAGAGAUAUGAUAUCGUACGCGACUCAUGAAGUCAUAUCGCAUGUGCCGACCCCCGAAGGUUCACAAAUCGUAGAGCAAGGAUCGAAUGAAGCCCGAGUAUGGGCAGCUUUGUCACUGAAGGGACAGGGCGAACCCAUCACACCAAACCAACUAAAGAAAGCCGUUGGAGACGAGGUCGCGAAGGUCGGUCAAGGGCGUGCAUUCAAGAAUGGGUGGAUAGCGAAGGAGGGAGAUGGCUUGGUUAAAUCGGCCCCCGAGAUCAAAGAUAUCACACGAGAUGACUUACUAGAGAUCAAAUCUACUGGUACCCUCAAAUCCGGGGAGAAAGCUCUUGCAGACUUACGGAAACGUAAAUUGAUCGUUCAAAAGAAAGGACAGUGGUUCUCUGUAACCAAGGGUCCGAGCUUCAGCACAUCCAUAGCGAAGCCCGAGACUGAUCUAACGGUGGAGAUGCUUGCAUCAGGAUCGUGGAAGACGUCCGCUUUCAAAAAAUACAACUUCGAGGCCGAGGGUAUACCAACAAAUGGAGGUGCUCUUCAUCCACUUCUGAAAGUUAGAGAGGAAAUACGGAAUAUCUUCCUCGAGAUGGGUUUCGCUGAAAUGCCCACACAAUCCUUCGUCGAAUCAGGUUUCUGGUGCUUCGACGCGUUGUUCGUACCACAACAACAUCCAGCACGAGAUCUACAGGAUACUUUCUAUCUCUCUGAUCCCGUCAUAUCCCUGCCUCCAAAGAAGGAUUACUACGAUCUCGUCUCCAAGGUGCAUGAGCACGGCGGAUUUGGCUCGACCGGAUACCGCGCGCCAUGGGUCGAAGAAGAGUCCAGAAAACUCCUACUCCGCACACACACCACCGCAUCAUCCGCGCAUAUGCUCUACAAACUCGCAGCUGCAUGUCGGGGUGAGAAGAUAUCCAGCGACAAAGGCGAAUACACACACGGUGCAUCAUCAACUACUGGCAGCGAUCGUGGCGAUCCAGCGAAAGACGACGGCUUCCGUCCUGCAAAACUCUUCAGCAUAGAUCGAGUGUUCCGGAAUGAGACGAUGGACGCGACACAUUUGGCUGAGUUCCACCAAGUAGAAGGAGUAGUUGCCGAUCGUAACCUCACUCUAGCUGAUUUGAUAGGGUUCAUGAGGGUUUUCUUUGAUAAAAUGGGCAUCGAACAAGUCAGGUUCAAGCCAGCGUACAACCCAUAUACCGAGCCUUCCCUAGAAAUCUUUGCUUUCCACCCUAUGCUGAACCGAUGGGUUGAAGUUGGAAACAGUGGCAUGUUCCGUCCAGAAAUGCUCGAACCCAUGGGCUUUCCGAAAGACGUCCGCGUCCAUGGCUGGGGUCUUAGCUUAGAACGCCCAACGAUGAUAAGAUACGGCAUCAACAACAUCCGGACCCUUGUUGGGCACAAAGUAUCCAUCGAAGGCAUCGAGAAUUCGCCUGCCGUAAGAUUCUGA